UAUUAAUUCCAAGGUAGUGGCGCCAGUUCACGACCAUGCGUGUACAUCUUCAUAGAUGUAAACGAAAGGAACUAUGAAUUUAAGUGACAGCAGUUCACGGAAUUUAAUUUAUUUGUGCUGGUUUUUAAGCAAUGGAACUACGUGACCAACUGAUGCUAUUUGUAUGUAUUUUAGUUCCAACUGUUUACUGCGGAAAAAUAAAAGAUUAUUUCAGAGUAAAUUAUUUGGACGAUCCUUAUCGUGGACCACCCUUUCAAACAUACUGGCGGCAUAAAAACACGAUGGUGGAAUUUGAACAAAAUGAGACGUCUUCAAAUACUUUAUAUCGCUUUAGAAAUACGGCUGAUAGACCAGUAAAUAGGAGUUCUCUAUUGGCUUUGCUUCAAGUGGCUGUGAUACAAAGAGACAUGCAACGUGAUAUUUUUUCUACCUCGCCUUAUACCCCAUCAUAUGUAACAGACAGCCAUCCAUUUAUCGGAUUAUCAAAGAGACACUAUAUGAAGCACACAGAUACCACUAUAGAACUGCUGCUUGUCAUAGACAACUCUACAUUCCAGAAAUUUUUAAGAGAAACUAUGUUUGAUAUAGAUGAUGCAAGAAAGAGAAUUAAACAGUAUUUUAGCAUUUUAAUUGCAAUAGUUAACCAGAGAUUUGAAACUAUAACUGACAAGACUUACUCAAUACAUGUACAGAUUUGUGAUAUUUACAUUGCCGAGACAAAACGUGAUGUUGUUUGGUUAGAAUACAUUGCACGGUGGUCCGCUUACAACGGAAAUAGCAUUGUGAGUGCUAGCAGAGCUCUGAAACGGUUCCAGAAAUGGCUUAGAAGAAACUCGUCUCUUCCUAAAUAUGAUCAUGCAAUUUUAUUAACAAGUUAUAUACUCAAAAGACGAUUGAAAAAAGUUGAUGGUUUAGCCUUUGUUGGAACGAUGUGUGAUACUGUGGAAGGCAAAUCUUCGUCCAUUGUUCAAGAUAUUGGCGACUUCAAAUCAGCAGGGGUUAUAACACAUGAACUUGGUCACAGCUUAGGUGCCACACAUGAUGGAGAAGGUAUAAACAAGAUUUGUCCAGCUGACAAAAAUUAUAUCAUGGCUCCGCAAAAUGCACAUGAACAGAAUGUCUCAAGAAAUGUAUUUUACUUCUCACAAUGUUCAAUGCGGCAACUUAAACAUUUUAUAAUGUCAUCCAAGGCUAAGUGUUUGUUGAAUGUACCAAGGGACACGACAUCACAUGAUUUAAUCAAGAAGCCACCAGGAAAAAUGUUUGAUAAAAACGACCAAUGUAGGAUGGCCUUUGGAUCAUCAUCAAUGUUUUGUGAAAUAGAGUCUGCCCGCUCCAUGAUCUGUUCACGCCUUUGGUGUACAAGUGAUAUGGAAAAUAAAUGUCACAGUAAUAACCGAUUGAUGGCUCUUCCUGGAACACCUUGCGGACAGGGGAAAUUUUGUCAUCUUGGAGAGUGCGUGUCGCCAUACAGACAGUCUAUAGCUUACAAAAUGUACAACAGAACACCAACAAUGCGUGAUGGCGUAUGUCCGGCUGGUGAUUUCAACACCAUCUACUGCAGUGUGAUAAUUAAGGCUUCACCUCGUUUAUGUGAAGAAAGAAAGGGCAUGAAGAAGACGUGUUGUCAGUCGUGUAGAGAUCGACGGAAUUUAGCGUUUUCUCUAAGCUGAUUGACUAGCGGUUCACUGAUGAUGAUAAUGAUAGAUCUGGCACAGUUCAUUGGUCACACAUGUCUGACCUUUCGGAAAACGCAUGAUCUUCUAGUAGCAGCGGGUUAAUUCCACUUAUAGAAUUAUGGAGAUUUUUCACGGAAGAACUUUUGACAUUUGGAUGCCUCAGAAACAUUCAGAUCAGUGGAUAAAUGAAUGAAUCAGAAAAAAAGUUAAUAUUAAGGAUCGUAUGGACAAUGUCUGAAGCCUUUAUCGCGAUAAAGGUUAAAAUUAAUUUGCUUGAGAGAUUUAAUUCACCAUACAUAAUCAUACUUAUUACGACAUCAAUUUAUAUAACGAGAUGCCAGCUAAGCUAAUACAAUUGGAAAUGCAACAAUAAACUAGAAACUAUUUACACACACAGUCUUCGAGUUUUUCAGCUUAUAUUGAACAGAAUACAAAUAUAUGUUCAUUACGUUACAUCUGAUGGUAAUAAAUGCUCGAUUUGAUAACCGUGUCAGUAGUAAAUAUUUCAGCAUCUCUUAGACUAAAACACCAAGGUAGGCUGGUCAUUUAAAAUUUUGGAGUUGAACUAAUUCCAACAUAAACUUUGUGGUGUGGAAUAAGUAAUAUGUAAGGAAAUGAAACGUAGAAAACAGUCCUCAAAAAUAUCGAAGCACAUUCUUGAGAUAUUGAAUCUGAAAUUCUGAAAUAAGGUCUACAUCUAAUACAUAUUGUGGCCGUUACUGUGGACCAUAUGCUAUAUUGUUCUUCUAUUGGUAAACUAAAGCAGAAAUAUGUUCUUUGAAUAUCAGUAAAAAAAGAUGUUUAAAGAUCACUAGCACGUACUGGUAGCCUACCUUUAGUUUUUUACCACCUUUGUCAUAAAGUGUUGGGGUGGCAAAUUUCAGAACAGAGGAGUCCAAGUUCAGAACAGAAUUUCUAACCAAAUUUAUACAUACAUAUUUUUAAAACAGACACGUCGAUAUUGAGUUAAAAGGCUUUAACUCUAAUCAUGUGUAUCCCAAAGUCAGAACCAAGUGUGGAGGGGGAACAUUCAUACGUGAUUCUUAAAACAAUAAUGUUUUAGAUGGGUGGUGUACAUGAUAAUAUCAAUAUUUGCUCGAAAUUCAUAAACAGUUAUGACAUUUAUUUAUGGUUUAUUAUGUAAUGCACGCAUGUGAAUGAAGAAGUUAUACUUAUAUUUUGUUUAAUUGAUUCUAUUGUAGAUGAAUUUGCAAUACUUUGUGAAGUUAAAAUGUAAAGGAAGCUGCCCUUGAAUAUCACCUGAUUUUCAGAG